AUGGAGUCCAACCUCCCAGCCGAGCUCCGGGAGCAAAUCCUGAACGACCCAGAUCUCGACGAAGGAGAUCUGGGGCUUUUCCAGAACAUGCACGCGUUUUUGCGGCGGCCCGCCCAGGGCAACACCCCCGUCGCCGCCGAGCAGCAGCAGCUGCCGGUUGUUCAGGUUGCCCAGAGCAACCACAUUGUCGCCGCCGCCGCCCAGCAGCAGCCGGCACCAUUGGCCGCCGCGCCUCUGGGAACCACCCCCAAAGGGAGACCCAAGCGCAAGGCAGCAGGGGAGGCGCCCCGAAAGUCGCCAACCAAGCGCCGACAGAGCGCCAAAAAAGCCGCCGCCGCCGCCGGCGGACCAGCGGUUGCUCCUGCCCUUUCGGGCGUCAUUCCGGGGGCUUCGGCCCAAACACCUCUCGUGUCGCCGCCCAUCUCGGGCUCACGACCUUCUUCCAGCGGCGAGCCAUUCGCCAACCAGAUCCGCCAAGGAGUUGAGGCGGUUGUCAGCCACAUCGUGGUUGAGGCUAAGGACCUCGGCUCGGUGUUGUCACUGCUCCUCUGGGAGGGCCAAGAGGCCGACUUCAACCCGGAGACGAACAGCGUUCUCCGCGCGGCCAUGGACGACGCCAUGGCAAAGGCCGGCGAAAAGUCUCUCAAGAGCGGAGAGCAAGCAUUCAGCCACGCAGCACACAAGAUGCUGAUGUCGGUCGCCCAAGACGCCCAGAGCAAGGGCGUAGUCUUUGGCCAAGAUCUCAUGAGCGGCCAGCCCACCAGCAACGAUCUAACUGGGAUGCGGGCGUCUUUCGCCAAGGCCCACAAGAAGAUCACGAUCGCUUUUGCCGCGCCUACCAGCAAGCCGCAGCAGGCAAUGAACCAGCAGGGACCCGUCCAGCAAAGCCAGAUGAACCCGAACCUGGCUGUCCAGAACUACCCGCAGCAUCGUCAGCUUGUCCCCGGCCAGAACUUCAGUCAGCACCAAGCGGCGCCGUCGUUCCACCAAGGCCAGGCCAUGCAGCAGGGCCAGACCUUCCACCCGCACACCGGUUUCGCCUACAACGAUACUGCUCCUCUCCUUCCCAGCACCCCUGUCAUUGGCACUGGUAUCGGCCUGCACAAUCAUCGCGGCCUCUCGAGCGGAUUCUCGUCAAGCCAGGAGACCACUUCGUCGUCGGGCAAUGGCAUGAGCAGCGGCGGCCAUGCGAAUGACAUGAGCAGCAGCGGCGGCUCUGGAAACUCGGACGGCAACAGCUCGAGACCUGUGUCUUCGGGUAAUGACAGUCUCAACACCAUUGGCCCUGAUGGCGUCGACUUUGACUCGAUGACGACAGGGGUGUCGUUUAACUUGUCGGCUUCUAAUCCCUUCGUCGACCAGUCGCCAUCGCAUCUCCCCAACAGCUGCUCAGGUGUUUCAGGCGCCAGCAAUAAUUUACAGAAUGUCGCUACCACUGGUUUCCAGAAUAUCUCUGGCGGUGGUUUCCAUAAUCUUUUCGGCACCGGUUUCGAAUUCGGCAAUGCAUCUCUGGGACAAAACGUCGGACCUGGCGGCGUCCAGGACGGCGUCAACAUCGGGGGCGAAAUGCACCCCUUUGAAGGAAUGAAUGAGGGUUUCUUCCCCGAUGAUUUCUUCCCUAGCAAUGGCGCACUGGUCAACAAUAGCGGUAAUGGAUUCGCCGGACUUGUCCCGAACAAUGGAACCGGAUUGGGAAAUGCCAACUCCUUCCCUCUCUUUGUCCCGAAUCUCGCGCAGCCGACCAUGACCAUGCCCUCUCACUCGGCAAUGAAUCCUACUACUGCAACGCUCGCUCCCUCAGCAAUGCCUCCCCCUACCACGACUGCCGCCGGCAAGGGCAAGAAGUCUCCCGCCAAGAGAGCUGUACCUAAGGAAGCUCCUGUCAACAAGACUUCGCGGCCCAAGAAAGCUCCUGCGAAGAGAGCUCCUGCGAAGAAGAAGUCUGCGUACCCUGGCUUCAUUGUCACCUAUAGAACUGGCAGUGCGGAGGGCAAUGGAUCUUCUGUCGCCGGCAAUGGUGCCGGUGUCUUUGCCAACGGGUACACCAAUAACGGCAGUGCUGACAUCGAGUACAUGAACGGGUACACGGAUGGAUACUCUGGCAACGGCGAUGCUAGCAACGGCUACACCAAUGCCUAUACCAACACUGGCAUGGCUGACACUGGCAUGGACGGCACCGUAAUGAAUGGCAUGGGCAUGGACGCCACUGACCUGGCCGGCAUAGGCUUCCCCUCCGGAUACGACUUUAACCCUCCGUCGCCGACGCUAGCGCCCGAGAUUCCCUUCAACACUCUCGACUUGGGUAUGACUCUGGAGACGGUGCCGAGCUUGGACGACAUCGGUGAGCAGAGCGAUAAACGGAAGGGACGCCAGCCGCGGCGCAAGAAGAGUGACCCGGCACCCGCGGACCCGUGGGGCAAUAAGCCUGAGAUCGUGUAUCACUACCACCACAAGCGCUUUUACAUGUUGCUCAAGUUUAGAGGCGAGCGCACGUGCGUUUGCCUGGACGAGGGCAACAAGCACCAGAAUGACAUGCUUGCGGGGUGGACCCAGUUCGCCACCGCCGCCGGAUUCCCCGACAUCUCGCGCCGCUUCAUGUGGUCCAGCCGCAACACGCACCAGGAGAGCCUCUUCAAGCUGAUCACCGUCCUGACGGAGGACAAGUAUCGCCGUGAUGCCCGCAGUGCCAUCAUGCAGCACCAGGCUACUCCCAUUGCCGGUGGCCACUCGGACGAGCAGCAGCGCCAGUGGGCCCAGCAGAUCAGCCAGCUCGAGGACGAGUCACAGUUGUCGUCGACGCUUGGAUUUGAUGGUAUCGUCUUCCAGGACGACCUCCCACAGUGGUCUGCCGCACCGAACAGCAGCAACACCUUGGGCCCAGUCAGCGAGUGGGACGAGCUCGAGCUCGAGGAGCUCGAGGAGUAG